GGGUUUGAUUGAUUAAUUGUAGGCGGAAACAACUUCUAACUACAACUUUGCACAGUUAUGGUAAAUUAUAUGCCAUGGACAAUUUCUUUCGUUUACACUAAUCUGUGCUAAUUCAUUUGACCGUGUUUCCUAAAGCUCACAGAGAACACGCAACAGCACUAUAUAGCUAGCUAGCUAGGCUUUACUUGUUGAUAAAGUCGCUAGCUAAAUGACAUUUAACUAGCUAGCUAUCUCUCGGUUAGUUGGAUUUCACGGCAAUUUGCACCAACAAAUUGAGGAAUGGACAGUUUUUGAAUAAUUUCUGUUCGAUCACAACACCGUUAAUUUACGCAUAAACCCAGUGGGUCCAUCGACCGCGGCGGCGCGAGAGGUUUGAAGGCCUGGGGGACAGGUUCGGAAUGUUGGGGGGAAACGGGGCAGGAUUAGGUACAAGAGCAGGGGGCGCACGACCUGGAAAUGGGACUGGGUUGACCGCUCUGCAAGUUAAUAACCCAGGAACGAACAUGAGUGGUGCCGAAGGUGGAAGGUUUGACGACCGAAUCAGAGAAUACUCAGCCGAGGUGGUGUACAGCGGCUCUGAACCAGAGUCCGACUCCGGGGAUGAUGAUGAUACCAUGGGUUCAGCCGGGGACCGAAGAGGGGUGAAACGAGAGAGAGCUGAGAUGGAAGUCGCUGCAUCGACGACGUCUAUGGGGCAACCCCCGGGAGGUUAUGGUGGUGUCACGGGAGGUGCAACAGGGGCAAAGCCAGGCAAGAAAACCCGCGGACGAGUCAAGAUCAAAAUGGAAUUUAUAGACAACAAACUUCGGCGGUACACAACUUUUAGCAAGAGGAAGACUGGCAUUAUGAAGAAGGCCUACGAGCUCUCCACUCUAACGGGCACCCAGGUUCUCCUCCUGGUGGCCAGCGAGACGGGCCACGUCUACACGUUUGCCACGCGCAAGCUCCAGCCCAUGAUUACCAGUGAGACGGGCAAGGCGCUCAUCCAGACGUGCCUCAACUCGCCCGAUUCACCGCCCCGCAACGACCCAUCCACCGACCAGCGCAUGAGCGCCACAGGCUUCGAGGAGACGGACCUCACCUACCAGGUGUCGGAGGGUGACGGCUGCGCGGAGCCCACCAAGGACAUGAUGAAGCCGACGUUCACCAUGGCCAAUCUGCCUGCCGGUGUCAACACCCAACCCACGUCGACCUCCUCAUCCUCCACUUCCUCCUCCUCUGUGGCCAUGCACUUGCAGAACAGCAUCCCUGCCACCUGCUGGCAGGUCUCGGCGGGCAUCAAUACUCACAGUGCCACCAGCAGUGCCAACGGCACGGUGCUGAAGACCUCGGCCACGUCAACGAGCGUCAUGCUACCCGGAGGGUUCACCCUCAUGUCCGGCGCAACGCUUCCCCCUGGCACGCACACCAUUCCUCUCAGUCACCUGCAGGCCCUCCAGGGCCCCUUGGCCCAGACCAGCAUCACCACCGCUACCGCAGGGCACACACAGCAGGGCCAGCAGACCACCCUGCUCCGCCUACCUGCAACUGUCUCGCUCACAGGUGGAGGGAUGGGCCAGCAGCUGCAGGCCAUUCAAGUUCACCCCAGCAGUCAGCAGAGCUCUGUGAGCCACAGUGACCUCUCCCACAUCACAAGCAGCUCCACAGUGAGCCUCCCUACCACCAUCGUCACGUCCUCGGUGCCCUCAUCGAUGGGUGGUCACAUGAUGUACCCCGGCGCCCACACUGUCAUGUACGCCACACCUACAACCUCGUUGGGCGACGGCAGUCUGACCGUGCUCAACACCUUCCCACAGACAGCCCAUUCGCAGUCCCAUGACCCUGGUGCUGUAUCGCAGGUGUUCCUCACAGGACAUCCUGGGACAGUUCAGAUCCCUGUGUCGGCAGUGCAGCUCCACCCGAUGCUGAUUGGUCAGCAGUCAAGCAGCAGCAACCUCACAGAGCUUCAAGUGGUCAACCUGGACGCCCAUCACUCAAAGGACGAUUGACCUGCCCACAUAUAGACUGCUUUACCAAGACACACAUUUGAAUGCACACACGCCAGGGGAUCACUGACGCCUUGCCAACAGACUGCCAUCCCCUAUUUAUUACUGCCUUUUCACCGCAAUCAUUUUGUUUUUAAAAGAUAAACCUUGUAAUAUGCACACACUUACAAUGGUUUUACAGAGAAUUGAGGUGUGGUGCAGCCAUUUUACUUUGUAUAUUUGUCUUUUUAUUUUCUUUCUCUGCAAGAGUUUCUUGGCUUGACAUAUCCACAUAUUGCUGAGGCUACAGCUUCACAUUUCAAUCGGAGACGUGUAGUGUGUACACAUACCGGUUGUAUGUAUUUGAACUGAAGAGGUUUUGAUAUUGUUUUUCUUACGAGUGUAUUCUCUUUUAAGCCCCCUGUGCAUCCUAAUGUUGAUUACUUAUAUUUUUCUUAUGUUGGCAUAUGAAUGAUAACUUUAAAAUACCAGUUGCUGUCAUUAGGGUAAUCAUAUAUUUUUAUUAUUUUCAUUUCUGGGGGGAAAUGUGCAAUUGAUGCCAGUAUCUACUUGCUGAUAAUGCUACAGUUAAAUAAAUAAAUAUAGUUGAAGUCGGAAGUUUACGUACAACUUAGCCAAAUACAUUUAAACUCAGUUUUUCCCAAUCCCUGACAUUUAAUCCUAGUAAAAUUGCCAUGUUUUAGGUCGGUUAGGAUCACCACUUUAUUUUAAGAAUGUUAAAUGUCACACUAAGAAUCUUUUAUUUCAUCACAUUCCCAGUGGGUCAGAAGUUUACAUACACUAAAUUAGUAUUUGGUAGCAUUGCCUUUUAAAUUGUUUAACUUGGGUCAAAUGUUUUAAGUAGCCUUCCACAAGUUUCCACAAUAAAUUGGGUGAAUGUUG